AUGUUCUUAACCACGGAAAUGGACUUCGGGCUGGCUAUGCUCCGUCAUGUUCCACUCAACACGUCUGCCGUAGUGUCACCGAUUUCAGUGAUCUUCACCUUAGCGAUGCUCCAAGCAGGAGCCAGAAGUAGUACGAAAGAGCAGAUUAAUGAACUGAUUACAAAGGGAUUUUCGGACGAGAGCAUUACGAACUACUUUUCAAGUCUUUCAAAUGCCAUUCUUAGUGGAACUGAUGGAGUACAGACCCGCAUGGCUAAUGGUUUUUUCUUGAAUAAACAGUUUGUCGUAAAGAGGGACUACGUGGACAGAAUUGUCAAUAAAUUCCAUGCAAAAGUGGAAACUCUUGACUUUCGCGAGGCAGAAGAAGCAGCCAAGGGAAGCCCUUUGUUCACGUUCAUUUGUGCAUUUUGGAUGCUUUUAUAUGCCUUCUCGCUUAUUAUCAAUGCUGUUUAUUUUACUGGCGAAUGGCUUGAUGAAUUUUACAAGGACUAUAAUACGAAGGCGAUAUUUCAUAGUGUCGAAGAAGCUAGGAGAGAGACGGAAUUCAUGAGUGAUCUCGAAGUAUACAGACAAUAUGCAGAAGAUGACGAAGUGGAAGUUUUGUCGCUUCCUUAUAAAGAUGUCUCCUAUGCAUUCAACAUAUUUCUACCCAAAAAGGGAUUUGGCCUGGAAUCGGUUCGUUCGAUGAUCGACGGGGCAAGAAUUCAAAAACUGCUAUCUAGAUUAGAGGAGACAUUCAUAUCGGUCACAAUUCCAAAAAUCAAAAUCGAGACUGAUUUUAAAUUAAAAGAAGCACUUAUGAAUAUGGGAGUUACCGAAGUCUUCAGUGAUAACGCGGAUUUGAGUGGCAUUUCUAGUAAGCCACCACUGAAGAUUUCAGAUGCCGCCCAUCGAGCCAUAAUUGAGAAUCUGAAGUAUCAGUAUAAUGCAAUGGCUUUGAAGGUGGACGAAAAAGGCACGACAGCCGCUGCUGCCACGCUUUUCAAGGCGAUUCCGAAGAUGGCGGUUUUCGAGAAACCGAAAAAAUUCGUCGCUGAUCAUCCAUUCCUGUUUAUUCUCACAAAACAUAACAAUCCUUUAUUCAUGGGACAGUUCGUUUGA